GCCCGCCGCCCCCCUCCCGGAGCGGGUGCGUCGGGGAGAGGGGCGAGCAGGCGGCUUGUCAUUGCUGGUGCCCGGCGCCGGCUCGGUCCGCGCGUCCUGCGGUGCCCACGGGCCCGGCCCGGCGCCCCCCCCCCCCUCCGGCCGCCCCGGGGGCGCGACGCCGCCGCGCCCGCCUCCAGCCGCGCCCCCCCAGCUCCGCGCCGCCCGCCCCCAACCCGAGCCCCCCGCGGCCACUGCGGGGAGCCCGAGCCGUCGGCGCGGGAGCUGUUGGCGCUGCGGCGCCUCCGCCCCGCCGUCUGCCGAGGAGGCCCCGGCGGAUGGGGCCGAGCGGGCCCCGGAGCGGCGCCGCCGGGCGGCGGGGGGCUGCAGGGGCGCCCCGGCUGGCCCGUUAACCCCUCGGCCGCCGCCGCCGCCGCCGCCGCCGUCGUCGGAGGGGGCUGGGAAGUCGCCUGGGCGCACACGUGCCGCCUCCGUCGGGGCCGCGGAGCUGCGGGGGAGAUGCGGGCCGCUGUCGGCGCCGCCUCGGGGGGCUCCGCCUCGCCCCAGCCCCCGGAGCUCUGACGCCGCCGCCCCCGCCCCGCCGCCUCCGCCGCCUCCCUCUCCGGGAGGGGUGCAGACCCGCUCGCCCCCAGCCCCGAGCCUCUGCCGCCGCGAGGGGGCCGCCUUUGGAGCUGUAUAAUCCGUUUUUUUUUUCUUUUUUAAUUUUUUUUUUUUUUUUUUUUUUUUUUUUUUUUAAUUUUUGGUUAGUGGCGGCGGUGCUGGGCCGGGGGAAGGAGGGGACACGGAGGCCGCCCUCGCCCCGCCACCCCUCACCCUUUUCCCCCCCGCCCCGGUUCCGGGAGAUGUGCCGGGCGGGGGGCCGGGGUUCGCGGAGCCGCAGGAGAGACGCGCAGGGCCGACCCCGGAGCGGCGCUGGACAGGCUGGUGGGCCAGGCCGUGGUGCCCACCUGCUGAUGCGGGGCAAGGCCCCCCGCAUAGGACACUGAGAGCCCCGGACCCGCCCCUGGCCGCCGCCAUGGCCCGCCUGGCCGCUGUGCUGUGGAGUCUCUGCAUCACCGCCGUCCUGGUCGCCUCGGCCACCCAAGGCCUGAGCCGGGCUGGGCUCCCGUUCGGGCUGAUGCGCCGGGAGCUGGCGUGCGAAGGCUAUCCCAUCGAGCUGCGGUGCCCAGGCAGCGACGUCAUCAUGGUGGAGAACGCCAACUAUGGGCGCACAGACGACAAGAUCUGUGACGCCGACCCUUUCCAGAUGGAGAACGUGCAGUGCUACCUGCCUGAUGCCUUCAAGAUCAUGUCACAGAGGUGUAACAACCGCACCCAGUGCGUGGUGGUUGCCGGCUCUGACGCCUUUCCCGACCCCUGUCCUGGGACCUACAAGUACCUGGAGGUGCAGUACGACUGUGUCCCCUACAUAGAAGUGGAGCAGAAAGUCUUCGUGUGCCCAGGGACCCUGCAGAAGGUGUUGGAGCCCACCUCCACGCACGAGUCGGAACACCAGUCUGGCGCCUGGUGCAAGGACCCGCUGCAGGCGGGCGACCGUAUCUACGUCAUGCCCUGGAUCCCCUACCGCACGGACACGCUGACCGAGUACGCCUCGUGGGAGGACUACGUGGCCGCGCGCCACACCACCACCUACCGCCUGCCCAACCGCGUGGACGGCACGGGCUUCGUGGUCUACGACGGCGCCGUCUUCUACAACAAGGAGCGCACGCGCAACAUCGUCAAGUACGACCUGCGCACGCGCAUCAAGAGCGGGGAGACGGUCAUCAACACGGCCAACUACCACGACACCUCGCCCUACCGCUGGGGGGGCAAGACCGACAUCGACCUAGCUGUGGACGAGAACGGGCUGUGGGUCAUUUACGCCACCGAGGGCAACAACGGGCGCCUGGUGGUGAGCCAGCUCAACCCCUACACGCUGCGUUUCGAGGGCACGUGGGAGACCGGCUACGACAAGCGCUCGGCGUCCAACGCCUUCAUGGUGUGCGGGGUCCUGUACGUGCUGCGCUCCGUGUACGUGGACGACGACAGCGAGGCGGCGGGCAACCGCGUGGACUACGCCUUCAACACCAACGCCAACCGCGAGGAGCCCGUGAGCCUGGCCUUCCCCAACCCCUACCAGUUCGUCUCCUCCGUGGACUACAACCCUCGCGACAACCAGCUUUACGUCUGGAACAACUAUUUUGUGGUGCGCUACAGCCUGGAGUUCGGGCCGCCCGACCCCAGUGCGGGCCCAGCCACUUCCCCACCUGUCAGCACGACCACCACAGCCCGACCCACACCCCUCACCAGCACGGCCUCGCCCGCAGCUACCACCCCGCUCCGCCGGGUGCCCCUCACCACACACCCUGUGGGUGCCAUCAACCAGCUGGGACCUGACCUGCCUCCAGCCACAGCCCCAGCUCCCAGCACCCGGCGGCCCCCAGCCCCCAACCUGCACGUGUCCCCAGAGCUCUUCUGUGAACCUAGAGAGGUGCGGCGGGUCCAGUGGCCGGCCACCCAGCAGGGCAUGCUGGUGGAGAGGCCCUGCCCCAAGGGGACCCGAGGAAUUGCCUCCUUCCAGUGUCUACCAGCCCUGGGGCUCUGGAACCCCCGGGGCCCUGACCUCAGCAACUGCACCUCCCCCUGGGUCAACCAGGUGGCCCAGAAGAUCAAGAGUGGGGAGAAUGCAGCCAACAUUGCCAGUGAGCUAGCCCGUCACACCCGAGGCUCCAUCUAUGCGGGUGACGUGUCCUCCUCCGUGAAGCUGAUGGAGCAGCUGCUGGAUAUUCUGGACGCCCAGCUGCAGGCCUUGCGGCCCAUUGAGCGCGAGUCAGCUGGCAAGAACUACAACAAGAUGCACAAGCGGGAGAGAACCUGCAAAGACUACAUCAAGGCUGUGGUAGAGACUGUGGACAACCUGCUGCGGCCAGAGGCUCUGGAAUCCUGGAAGGACAUGAAUGCUACGGAGCAGGUGCACACAGCCACCAUGCUCUUGGAUGUCCUGGAGGAGGGUGCCUUCCUGCUGGCCGACAAUGUCAGGGAGCCCGCCCGCUUCCUGGCUGCCAAGCAGAAUGUGGUCCUGGAGGUGACAGUCCUCAACACCGAGGGCCAAGUGCAGGAGCUGGUGUUCCCCCAGGAGUACCCAAGCGAGAACUCCAUCCAGCUGUCCGCCAAUACCAUCAAGCAGAACAGCCGCAACGGUGUAGUCAAAGUCGUUUUCAUCCUCUACAACAACCUGGGUCUCUUCCUGUCCACCGAGAACGCCACAGUGAAGCUGGCAGGUGAAGCAGGUACAGGUGGCCCAGGCGGCGCCUCCCUGGUGGUGAAUUCGCAGGUCAUCGCGGCGUCCAUCAACAAGGAGUCCAGUCGAGUCUUUCUCAUGGACCCGGUCAUCUUCACCGUGGCCCACCUGGAGGCCAAGAACCACUUCAAUGCUAACUGCUCCUUCUGGAACUACUCGGAGCGUUCCAUGCUGGGCUACUGGUCAACCCAGGGCUGCCGCCUGGUGGAGUCCAACAAGACCCACACCACGUGUGCCUGCAGCCACCUCACCAACUUCGCCGUGCUGAUGGCCCACCACGAGAUCACCGACCGCAACACCAUCCACAAGAACCUGUGCAUCAACCUCUUCCUGGCUGAGCUGCUCUUCCUGGUGGGGAUCGACAAGACUCAGUAUGAGAUCGCCUGCCCCAUCUUCGCUGGCUUGCUGCACUACUUCUUCCUGGCCGCCUUCUCCUGGCUGUGCCUGGAGGGCGUGCACCUCUAUCUGCUGCUGGUCGAAGUGUUUGAGAGCGAGUACUCCCGUACCAAGUACUACUACUUGGGGGGCUACUGCUUCCCGGCACUGGUGGUGGGCAUCGCGGCUGCCAUCGACUACCGCAGCUAUGGCACCGAGAAGGCCUGCUGGCUCCGAGUGGACAAUUAUUUCAUCUGGAGCUUCAUCGGGCCAGUCUCCUUUGUUAUCGUGGUGAACCUGGUGUUCCUCAUGGUGACCCUGCACAAGAUGAUCCGGAGCUCAUCUGUGCUCAAGCCCGACUCCAGUCGCCUCGACAACAUUAAAUCCUGGGCCCUGGGGGCCAUCGCGCUGCUCUUCCUGCUGGGUCUCACUUGGGCUUUCGGCCUGCUCUUCAUCAAUAAGGAGUCGGUGGUCAUGGCCUAUCUCUUCACCACUUUCAACGCCUUCCAGGGGGUCUUCAUCUUUGUCUUUCACUGCGCCUUACAAAAGAAGGUGCACAAGGAGUACAGCAAGUGCCUGCGUCACUCCUACUGCUGCAUCCGCUCCCCCCCCGGGGGCGCUCACGGCUCACUGAAGACCUCAGCCAUGCGGAGCAACACCCGCUACUACACAGGGACCCAGAGCCGAAUCCGGAGGAUGUGGAACGACACCGUGAGGAAACAGACGGAGUCCUCCUUCAUGGCAGGCGACAUCAACAGUACCCCCACCCUGAACAGAGGUACCAUGGGGAACCACCUGCUGACCAACCCCGUGCUACAGCCCCGUGGGGGCACCAGCCCCUACAACACCCUCAUUGCUGAGUCGGUGGGCUUCAAUCCCUCCUCGCCCCCUGUCUUCAACUCCCCAGGGAGCUACCGGGAACCCAAGCACCCUCUGGGAGGCCGGGAAGCCUGUGGCAUGGACACACUGCCCCUCAAUGGCAAUUUCAACAACAGUUACUCCUUGCGAAGUGGGGAUUUCCCUCCAGGGGAUGGGGCCUCCGAGCCACCCCGAGGCCGGAACCUGGCCGACGCUGCUGCCUUCGAGAAGAUGAUCAUCUCAGAGCUGGUACACAACAACCUGCGGGGCGGCAGCAGCGGGGCCAAGGGCCCUCCACCACCCGAACCCCCCGUGCCACCUGUGCCAGGGGGCGGUGGCGAGGAAGAAGCAGGCGGGCCCGGGGGUGCUGACCGGGCAGAGAUCGAACUUCUCUACAAGGCCCUGGAGGAGCCGCUGCUGCUGCCCCGGGCCCAGUCGGUGCUGUACCAGAGCGAUCUGGAUGAGUCGGAGAGCUGCACUGCGGAGGAUGGGGCCACCAGCCGGCCCCUCUCCUCCCCUCCGGGCCGGGACUCCCUCUAUGCCAGCGGGGCCAACCUGCGGGACUCGCCCUCCUACCCGGACAGCAGCCCCGAGGGGCCCAGCGAGGCCCUCCCACCACCCCCGCCUGCGCCCCCCGGCCCCCCUGAAAUCUACUACACCUCGCGCCCACCGGCCCUGGUGGCCCGGAACCCCCUGCAGGGCUACUACCAGGUGCGGCGGCCCAGCCACGAGGGCUACCUGGCAGCCCCAGGCCUCGAGGGGCCAGGGCCCGAUGGGGAUGGGCAGAUGCAGCUGGUCACCAGUCUCUGAGGGACCUCACGGACCAGGGGCUGGUGGCCCAGGCCAGGGAGGGAACCCUGGGUGGGGCUCUGGUGGGAGAGGGAGACUCACGGAGGCAGUGGCUGGUGGGCCACUCUCUCCAAGCACCCGUCGGCCGUGGGCCCUCUAGGCCCCUCAGGAGUUCUGCCAUGGGGGCCUGUGGUGCAGGGUUCACAGACAGGGUUUCCUACCAGCCACGUGCACCAGCUCGAAUUGGGGGAAGUGCAGUGAGGAGAAGCCAAGAGGUCCCCAAGGGAGUAAGGAAGGAGAAAUUGGAUGGGUGCAGCCCACUCUCUACUUCCCCCUCUCCCCUACCUUCCUACCCCCUGGAGGGAAACGAGGGCUUUGGUCUCCUUGGGCCAAGGGCCCUGCUGAAUGGAACCUGUCCGCUGCUCCUCUUUCUGCAUCUGGAAAUGCUGCCAGCUGCACCAGGAAGGAGCAGUGGGAGCAGACAGACAGGUUCCUCCUGCACUAGUUCCCUGCUCCUUGGAGACUGGGGCCUCUGGCCCAAGAGAAGGCCCCAGGGCAGGCGGAACGGGCAGUUGUGGCUGCUGGUUUAAAGGUGGAACUUUCUCCGAAGCUCCUUCCCUCCUCUGCUCUUCAUCCUUGCCUCCCCAGCAAGCCUGCCCAUCAGCCUCCUCAAGUGCACCCAGUGACCCCCUCCCUUGGGGUGACUCCUGAUGAAGCACAACUCCCCGCAGGGCCCCCAGCCCACAGGGGUGGCCAUAUUUGGGCAGUUCCCAGUCCUGUGGGCUCGGCUAACUGGGGAGCAGAUUUUGGGUCUGGAUCUCCCUGGGGAGUGGGUCCUGGGCUUGGAUCUUUCCCUAGGGGGCCAUCUUACCCCUUCCUCUCUCCUCCUCCUCCCCCAUUGCUGUAAAUAUUUCAACGAAAUGAAAAAGACAAAAAAAAAAAAAAAAAAAGACAAAAAAAAAAAAAAAAAAGGAAAAGAAAAUCUCAUCACUUGAAGCCACCGGGAGCCUGUGGCCCAGCCAGCCCGGGGCUUUCUCCGGAGCAGAGUGGCGCCGCCGGGCCCUGGCAGCCAGGACUUCUCCGUGUAUGUGUGCAUCCCCAGCCGGGGUGGGCGGGCCGCCAGAGCAGCUUUUUACAAUCCAGAGACAGAAAACAAAAUCUAGAAGCAACAGCGAAACAAAGAACCUGUUUCCUUCCCGGCACUGUUUCUGUCGCCUCUUUCCCUGCUCCGCCUGUCCCUGGCCUCAGUCAGCCCUCCUGGGGCGUGUACCUCACUGCCUGCCCCAGGACCGGGGCCUGUCUCCCCCUCCCCUCCCCACUGGCCCGGGGGAGACACCCUCACACCCAAAGAUGCUUUUGCCAAGAUGGCUGCGCUGUCCCUUUGAGUUCCUGCUUCUUGUAUAUUGCUUCUGGGACUCUGGGCCGAGGAAGAAGGGACUGAUUUCCCACCUAGAGAGGUUGAUGGGGGAAGGAAAGUGGAGGCAGCAAGUGGUGGGUGUGACCGGGAGGCUAGGAGUGGUGAAGUUGUCUUCUCUCUUGAGGGGGGUGGGGAGGGUAUGCAAAGGUGAGAGAUCACCUUCCCUCCCCUACACCCUCCUGCAGGGGACACAGAGCCAAGUACCAGGGCCUGCAGUCAGGACACCUUUGUAUUGGGGGCUCUACCCCCAACCUAUAGACUCUGGAAGCUUCAGGCUGGGGAUGUCUCCUGAGUACCUCUUCCAGCACCCUCCUCUCCAGCCUCUCACCCUGGCCUCCCCUGCCCCAACUCUUUGAGGGUAGGGUAGUUCCAUUGCCACACUAGCCCAGCCCUAUCAUUGCCAUUCUCCCAGGGGUGGCCCUCCACCCCUAUUCUGGCCCCCUUCUUGUCUCUUUUGCCCCUCUCUCUUUUCUCACAAGUGCCAUGAGUUUUCAAACAUCUUCGGGUCUCAGCCUGCUGCUGCCAUAAACUUCUUUGGGUUAAGGGGGUGGGGGUGGGGGGGAAGGCUCUAGGGAGGAACUAGGGGAAAGGGACAGGUAGGUGGCUGGAAGAACCCUUUUUGCUGCUAGAAAGUCCCUCCCUUCUCCUGGGGAGCUGGGGCUGGCUUGUCCCCAUCAGUUAGGGGAGAAGGGGUCAGACCAAAGAUGGUGGUUUGUCCCAUGUAGGGAGACAGGUGUGGGGAGAAGGCAGGUUUGGGUUCCAUAUCUGGCUUUUCGGUAGGAAGGCUUAACCUCAUUCAGCAGAAGAACAUGGGUAAGUCUGGAUGGGGAAGAGAGAAGUAUAGGGACAGUCUUGCCCAGACAGCUCUGUGGCCUUCCUUGGUAUCACUAGGCCAGGAACUCCACUUAGGAAGGGGCAGUUAGAGGUCUGUGAAGAGCUGGCAAGACAGGAGGGACAAUGGAGGAGUUGGCCAGGCGUCAGUCAAGCCAGAGCCAGAGGCUGCCUCUGCCACCAGUAAGAGGGCUGGAGAGCAGGCCUAGAGGGAGAGUUCCACAGGGGGUGGGUGCUGGAGGUAGGCAAGGAAUCCGCUUUCUCUCCCCUGACCAGCCCUCCUUUUAUCUCUCCAGAUACGGACAAUCAAGGGGAGAGAGGGUGUGGUGGGUCCCUAGGUUCUCAUUCCAGCCAAAAUCACCAAGGUGGAUUCCCAGGCCUCAGAGCUGCAUGGCAGGGCCCCCUGGUGGGGUUGGACACCACUGCAGUCAAGUGCAAAGCCACCCCUGAGAGCCCAGGUGUCCCCUCACCCCAACCAGACCUGGUGCCUUGACACCCCACCCCAGCUGGGACAGUAUAGAGAAGGAAGGGUCUUGGUUUCCUCUCCUACUCUCUUCCUUGGGCUCCUGAAUUCAUUUGCUUUUAAAUCUUAGUAUUUUUUGUUGUUGUUUCCCUGGCCUUCCUUUCUCUGUCAACACCUCUUUCCCUGUGUCUUUUUCACUGUCUCUGUGUACCUCUUCUUUCACCCUCAAUAUCUCUUGUGUCCAUUCGGGCCUUCUCCCCUCUCUCCCAUGCCCCCCAGUCCCUCCUUGGUCUCCUUUUCGAUAUGCCAAACCAAUUUUGGGUCGAGUGCAUUUAACGAGAACAAAACAAAAGGCUCAUAACAAGAACGUUUCAGAAAAAAACAAAAAGUUUAAAAAAAAUUGUUGAGUCAAAAAAAUCAAACAAUAAAGAAAUUAAGAUUUCUUGGAA